AUGACGCGGCGCAUUGUCCGCACCAUCGUGCAAACCACCACCGCCGCCGUCUUCACCUUCAUCGUCAUCUUUUUCCUCGACCGCAACUAUCGUGUCCUCCCUAACUCAAUACACGGAUACCUACCCUCACACCACACCGGCACCGUCGUCACCGACAUCACCCUGAAGAAAUGCUCGUCCCUCAACCUCUUCUCGUCAUGCAAGCUCGACGCCACCGUCUGGCACCGCAUCGAUAAGGACCUGUACCUGGGGCGCGGCAUGUUCUCAUCCGCUUACCUACACAUUCAACGCAAGCGCGAGGAGGAGCUGACGCCCGAGGACAAGGUGGUCAUCGACGUCAGCGUCGGCCGCCUAAAUCCCGAUGUCAUGGCAGCCAAGAGCAGUGGAAACAAAGUCGCGAGGGGGGCGCCUGAGAACGGCGACCAGGCCAGUGGGGAGGAAAAAUGGGAGUUACGCGACGGCGGCCUGUGGAUCAAGCGAAGCAACAAGCGCGGCGUGAGCGAUUCCAAGAGCGCCGUUACGGGGGUCGACGUGCUGUUUGGGGACGAUGCGGUCGAGGCACGGCCUGGGUGGGAGAUCACAACAGGGACGGCCAUGCUUCUGGAUGGGGGGUCGGGGAUCUUGCCGGCCCACGUCACGAUUCGGCGCGGCGCUGAACAUGAGCCUUACCAACCGGUGCCGAAGAUUAUGGACAACGGCCGGUUCAAGAUCAUGCAACUGGCGGAUUUGCAUCUGAGUACGGGAGUAGGGAAAUGCAGGGAUGCAGUGCCGGAGGACUGGAAUGGGGGGAAGUGCGAGGCCGAUCCAAGGACGCUGGAAUUUGUGGAAAAGAUUUUGGAAGAGGAGAAGCCAAAUAUGGUCGUGCUCAGCGGGGACCAAGUCAACGGCGAAACUGCGCCAGAUGCGCAAACGGCUAUCUUCAAAUACGCCCAAAUCCUCAUCAAGCACAAGAUUCCUUACGCUUGCAUCUUCGGCAACCACGAUGACGAGGGCUCCAUGUCGCGCUCACUGCAGAUGGAACUCAUCGAAAAGCUCCCCUACUCUCUAUCCAAGGCGGGCCCCGCGGACAUCGAUGGGGUGGGCAACUACUACGUCGAGGUUCUGGCACGCGGCAGCUCGGGCCACUCGGCUAUCACUGUGUACCUGCUCGACUCGCACUCGUACUCACCCAACGAGCGCAAAUUUAAGGGAUACGACUGGAUCAAGCAGAACCAGAUCGACUGGUUCCGCAAAACCGCCCAGAGCCUCAAAAGGAGCCACAAGGAGUACACACACCACCACAUGGACGUAGCCUUCAUCCACAUCCCCAUCCCGGAGUACACGUAUCCAAACCUAACGCUGGUGGGUGAGUGGAAGGAGCCGAGCACGGCGCCGGCUUAUAACUCAGGGUUCUAUGAUGCACUCGUCGGCGAGGGGAUCUCCAUGGUUAGCUGCGGACAUGAUCACGUAAACGAACACUGCGGCCUCUCUUAUACGGAAGACGCCAAACCGGCCCUCUGGAUGUGCCACGGUGGUGGCGUCGGGUUUGGCGGCUACGCAGGUUAUGGCGGCUUCUACCGGAAAAUCCGCAUCUUCGACUUCAACAUGAACGAGGCCCGCAUCACCACGUGGAAGCGAGUAGAGCACGGGCCCGACGUGAACAAGAGGCUCGAGGAGCUGAUUCUGGUGGAUGCGGGGCGGGUGGUGGCGCCGAUGCAGGAGUAG